AUGGAUGGAUCUAGGAAGGACUUGGAAUCAUUGAAGAAUGCUUUCCAACAUUCGGAUCCCGUGCCACGAUUUCAUUAUGAGACCAGGCAGUUCUCGGUUGUUCAUUGUUGUCCUGAACUUGGCGACAAUGACCUCGAGGUAACUGUGGUUCGAGGGCUUAACUUCAAUCCACCGUCUGGUUACAGUGCCGCAGAUUUGCACACAUACGUCAGAUACGAAUUUCCAUUCCCUGACACACCUCAAACAGGUGACACCCCUGCAAUUAAAGGUACCAACUCACCUGAGUUUAACCACGUGACCAAAUUAGAAGUCAAUCGUAAGUCCAGAUCAUUUCUGAGGCUGCUGAAGAGUAGCAAGACGUUCAAGAUGGAUGUCUAUUACAAGAGGGGCUUCUUGAAAGCUGACAAAAUCCUGGGCAGCGUUCAAAUCAAACUUCAACCUCUUGAAGACAAAUGCAUUUAUCAUGAAACUUACGAUUUAAUGGAAGGAAGAAAAGCAGUUGGUGGGAAACUUGAGGUGAAACUUCGGGUGAGGGACCCGUUUGUGAACAAGCAGGUUGAGGAGGCCAGGGAGAAGUGGCUGGUCAUCGACGAAUUCGUUAGGAAGGUGGUGUCUCCUGCCGCUGCUGCUGCUGCUCAACAGGUGCCACAAGCUCCUCCGAAGACACAGCUACUUCCUAAGCCGUCACCAUCUCAACAACAACGUGCAUCACCCAACCACAACUACUGCAUCUCUGUGCUGUUGUAUGAACGAGAUGCCCUUGAAGAGAAGCUGGCCAAGUACAGAAGCAGGAUGAAACCUGCGGAGGUUGAAUUGCUGAAGGAGAAAAGCAACAUGAUGCUGAAGAGAGCCAACGACCUGAAGAGGCAAGUGCAUGAAGCCGGCGAGGCAUUCAUCAGAUCCUACAUAAGCUCGCUGAAGCAGAUGAGCACAGCUUACUCAGCAGAGGCGAGAUCGAAGGCCUCGCAACCAAACAACAACGACCAAGUUAAGGUAGUACUCGAGAAGAAGGCUCUCGUUGACAAGGAGCUCAGAACAUUCUCCAUUCCUAAAUCAAAUGUUAAUGGAUUGCCCUUCACCUUAAUAAUUCAUCUUCCAUGCGAUUAUCUGAAAUUUUCACAAACUGAAAGCUAAACUCGUGAAUAAUGUCCACUUCACUCAACUCCAUCCGACCAACGAUGGCCAACGUGCAAAAUUCAAAGAAUUAUACUUCUUUCCUCUUACCAUUUUAUAAAUUAAACAGAAUUAUGUCACCACUGAAAUAACAUAUUGCGUUCUGUCUUGUAAAUAUGUAAAGAUCGAAAUUAUUAAAAUUAUGUUUUAGAUAAAUAAUACUUACAUUACUUUGCUUUUUAAUUUAAAUAUAAUUUAUAUAUUUUGUUUUCGAAUGUCGAUUGUGAUGUUUUUAAUUCAAAUAUUCGAAAUAUUUUAUAUAUUUUUAUUUCUAAUAAAAUCCCGAGAUGACAAAA